GGGUAUCUUGACAAAGCAUGAUGAUUGCCUCGUGGUACUGUAGUGGUGAGACACAUCAUUAUCAUAAGCAGCACAAAUUUAAUUUUCAGAAAAAAAAUCCUUAGUCCUAAAUUCCUAAAGAUAUAUAUAACUGCUAGACCAAAACUGAGACUCUUCAGUUAUAUCCUGUUCUAAAAAAACCCAAAAGCAGAUUUUAAAAGAAAAAUAAUUCCUCAAAAAAACAAAAUAGUCAAAUUCUUAACCAUAUGGCUUUUAUUCUUGAAAACAGACCUAAAAUGACUUUGGUUUUCUUGAUUUUAGCUUGUUUUAUGCAGCUGUGUUUUGGGGUUAUGUAUAAAGUUGGAGAAUCAGCUGGUUGGACAACUAUUGGUAAUGUUGAUUACAAACAAUGGUCUGCUAAUAAAACCUUUCUUGUUGGUGAUGUAAUUGUAUUCCAGUACAGCCCACAAUUCCACAAUGUGAUGCAAGUGACACAUGCUGACUACCAGUCCUGCAAUGCAUCUGCUCCUAUUGCAACACACACAACUGGGAACGACUCUAUUACCAUAACUACUCAUGGCCACCAUUUUUUCCUCUGUGGUGUACCUGGCCAUUGCCAAUCUGGCCAGAAAGUCGAUAUCAAUGUUCUUCGCGUCUCAUCAUCCGCGUCUCCAUCUCAAUCUCCUUCGUCGUCAAGUCCUAUCCCUGCUGUAGCUGUGCCUGCACUUUCUCCUAGUCAUGCUUCUUAUUGGCUUCCUAACAAAAUUGGUGUUGUGAUGGCUGUUUCUUUAGUUGUUCUUUUUAAUUUUGCUUAAGGAGGAAAAGAAGUCCUUGGAUUUUGUAAGGUUUAGUUUUUUUAUAUGGUUAUGGAAUAUGUUAAUCAUGACCUAAAGCUGAAGUUGAGACCUCUAAAUUCUCUUGAUUUUUUAAUUUACAGAAAUGUAAUAAUGUGUAAUUUUGUCAUGUGGCUAUAUAAAACUUGUACAAGAUUGUAUUCUUCUUUUCA